AUGCGGGUUGAAGAAACCUUCGACCCAAAUAUGGGCAACCCGGAUCUGGUCGAGGUCUCACAUGUGCCUAACGGCCUUUGCCUAGGGCCAGCAAUGGGCAACGGCGACGAAGUUGAAGAAGAAGAAGGAGAAGGAGGAGAAGGAGGAGGAACAGAGGAUUCAUCGUCGCCUCCAAGCUCUUGCUCGCAAGGCCACAGAUGUUCUCUCAACCUCAGGACUCGACAUGGAGGCGCCAUUUGCUUGCUCUGCCUCUCCAACCUCCUCACCGCCCCUCGCCCGCCCACCGUCCACGUCUCCUACGCCCUCUCCCAGCUCUCUCGAGCCUUCUCCGACCCCCCGUUCCUCCGAUCUCUCCUCACCUUCCACGCCCACCUCCUCGUCUUCCCUCUCGUCCACGCGCUCUCCACCUCCGACGACGAGCCGAUAGCUUGCCAGGUCAUCCACCUGGUCAUCCUACUGUCGGAUUCCGGCCGCGAAUCGGCAUUGGCUUGUGAGUUCGCGUCUAGGGUUUCGGGCCUGCUCUGUUCUCGCGCGCUGGGGUGGAGUCGACGCCAGGUUUAUGUGCUCCACUGCUUUGGAAUCCUUCUAAACCAUGGGACAAUUGAUGUUUAUGCCUCAAUUAAAGAUAAACAUGCCCUUGUUGUUCAUCUUAUGGAUGGUCUUCAACUACCGAGUGACGACAUCCAGGGGGAGAUAUUAUUUGUGCUGUACAAGUUGUCAGUCCUCCAGCGGGAAUAUGGGGAUGGUCGCAAGAGUGACAAAAGUGAGCCUUUUGUUACUUGUAGUCCCAAGCUCAUUCAUCUGUCAUUGGAUGUCCUCUUGAAGACCCAAAGUGAUGAUGUUCGCCUGAAUUGUGUAGCAUUUUUGUCAAUGCUGGUUCAAAGAGGGUUUCUCAAAGAUCCAUAUGAAGGUUGUAUGAGCAACUUGAGUUCUGUUGAAGCUGAUAGUCUCGUACAAAUUACAGUUGAUUUAUCAGAUAUCUCUUCCCUCUGCACCUUAUUUUCAGAGGCCAUUAAAGGUCCAUUGCUUUCAUCAGAUGGUCAAGUCCAAAUGGGCACAUUAGAGUUAAUUGCCUAUUAUUUACGUGAACUAAAUUCAGUCAAGCAGUUUCAACUUUUGGUGGAAGCUAAUAUUGCGGAUUAUGUAUUUGAAAUUCUCAGGUUAUCAGAAUGCAAAGAUCCUGUCAUCAGCUCUUGCCUUGGAGUUCUUGAUCUCCUGUCAAAUGCUGGACAAGCUUUUACACAGAGACUUGCGGUUGGCUUUGCCUCUCUAAUUCCUGUCUUUGCUUAUGUUGCCGAAGUGCCGUUUCAUCCUGGUCAGUUUCAGCCACUGAAGCUCGUCCUUAGUUGCAUUUCUGACUGCCCUGGAGUGGCAUCAAUUUCACAAAGUGAACAACUAGCUGUUAUUUUGGCGAGGAUGCUUAGAAGAUAUAAUGAUGGUGAAACAGGCAUGCUUUCAGAAUCAUUCAUGCUGGUAUGCUCUAUCUUGAUGAGUACGAUGAAUUCCCCAACUUCUCAUGAUGUCUUAAAUCUAACAACGUGCAUUCAAGAGUCAUUAAAAGAUGCCAUUUUGGCUUGUCUAAGUGCCACCAGAGAGCAUACAGACCUCCUCCUGCAUUCCUUGCUUCUACUGAAAGGCUUUGCUUAUGGUUGUGGAGGUUACCCUGUCAACAGCUCCAACAAGAAUGGAUUGCAACAUUGUGUCAUCGAUAUAUGUAGACAUUGGCUAUUGCCUUGGCUAUGGACAUCCAUCAAAGGAGAAGUGGAGGAUGAGGAGACUCUCCUGGGUAUGCUUGAUAUUUUUCAUGCAAUACUUAUUCACAGCUAUGACGACCAAACUAGUGAAUUCACAGAGGACCCGAUCUCUAGUUCUUGGUUCUGCUUCUCAUCCAGCUGUCUGGCUUUAUAUCCAACAGAGAGGAUGAAAAGCCGAAUUUAUUUGAUGAUGAGUUCACUUAUGGAAGUUCUACUUGGAAAUGAUUGUGGGCAGAACAUUAGGGAUGCUGUGUCUUACCUUCCAUCUGAUCCAAAUGCCUUGCUGUUUCUGCCAGGGCAACAGUGCUCCCAUAAUAUGCAGUUAUCCUUUUGUCAAUCUGCGGCCCUCCAAAUUUUGUAUUGCAGUUCUUUGUUUGAUGAAAGGCUUGCAGCUGAUAAAAUAGUGUUAGCUUCCCUUGAACAAUUUAUCCUUGUCAAUGGGUGUGAUCCAACACGCACUUCUAUGAGUUCAUCAGCUGUUAUUCAACUAGUUGCUGUAUAUAGUCUGUAUAGGGGUCUUGCCAAGAUGAGCUACCAAAUAAUUAGUCCUAAAUCCGACAACCCAUUAAUUGUCCAUGGGAAAAAGAUUCAUGGUCUGGAUGUGCAGUUGAUUGCAGAAUUGGUGGCAGCAGAAGACAAUUACGCUGCAAAACUACUUGUGUACAUAUUUGAAGAGGUUGUCACAGAAAAUAACCUAGAGAAUGACUUGACUUCAGUAUUGAAUCUCAUGGAAGAUGUCAUACGUAUACACAGCCACGGCAAUUUUCAUUUUCAACAUAUGAGUUCAGUUGACUCAGAUGUUCUUGCUGAUGAUGAAGCUUGGGUUGCAGUUGCUUUGAAGUUGAUGGAUCACUUGAUUUACUCGGGUGACAUAGGAAAGUGCUCUACUUGUUGCUUGAUUCUGGGCAUUUUGUGUUUGGUUUUGCACCACUGAACAAAUGGAGCACUAGUGGAGGCUUCAAAAACUGUUCUUCUCAACACUUCAUUGGCAUCAACCUUGUCCAGUGCUAUUCAUGUGGCCUGUCCAAAUGGACCAGCAAUGCAUAACAUUGAUGAGGGAACAACGGAUGGAGAAACUUUGUUACAUGUGCUUUUAUUGCAAUAUUUUGCUUUCAAAAGGGUGAUGCAUUUCGGACUUCCUCUUGUCAAGCUCGUCGCUUCAUACUGUCUGCUGGAGUUGUUUAUUAGGUUAUCUGAACAGAGAGACAGCGAGCAUGAGGACCUAUGCACGAAUAAAUACUGGAUGUCACUGAUGGCUGUAUUUGAAGGCUUGUUUUUGUACAAUGAUAACAGAGUGGCAAUGAACAGUAGCCUUUGCCUCGCAAUGAGCUUAAAGUGGGUAAAACAGGAAGUAGCAAAAAUAUUCAACAGGAGAAGUAUGUGGUGCAGAAUGAUUUUGGAAGAGUUGGUGAUAUCUCUGGCAGCUCCGUCUUUAGCAUCUAAAUCUUCUACUAAUCAUCACAAGGCUGCUAUCAUCGUAGCUGUAGCACUACUGAAGCUACCUAAAGUUCCAGAAUGGCUGCGGUCUGUGUUUAAUGAUACCUUCUUGACUGGUAUACUUGGAAACCUCACAGGCAGUAACUUGAGCGCAGAGAUUUUCCUCCUAUUGCGUGAGCUGUUGAACUCUAAGCUCCUGCGUGCUGCUGAUCAUGUGGCUAACCUAAACAGGGUGCUUCAGGAAUCCAGGAGCCACACGUACGGUGGAAACCUGAAAGCAGAAAGCAAAGAGAAAUGUCUGAAGAAGGUUAUCGCCGUUGACGAUGGCACGGCAGCAACUAUCGAUUUUCUCAACGAUCUGAUUACAUCUGAUUCACGACGAGCAGAGUCUUAUGGAGGACUUCAAAUCGGCAUGGGGAGAUUGCUGGACGAUAUAGAAAUGUUUUUCAGGUCAACAGCAGCACGUGAUGUUACGAGAAACUCAUAG